AUGGUAUUAAAAAACAUUUUCUUAACUUCAACAUUUUUAGUUGCAAAUUUAUUUUUCGCAAAUGCUCAAUUGACUGGUAAAUGGCCACCAGUUGACGUUCCUCCACCAUUCGAAGACGAAUGGAAAGGCGAUUACUAUUAUGCAUUUCUUCCAGGAUCAAAAUUUCAUACUAGACCAUCUACUAUUAAUAUUCAACUAUUCUCCUCUACAUUUUUCCUUUCAAAAGAAUUUUUGAUAACUCACAAACUAGGUAGAAUCAGAUAUAAUGACGAAGAAGAUGACCUUAUUACGAUCGAUAAUGAACUUGACCUACAGGAAUGUUUUAAUGCUAAUAAUUUAAAUACUUCCAAUUCAAAUGCUUCUGAUUCGAAUGCUUCCGAUUCGAAUUCUUCCGAUUCGAAUGCUUCCAAUAGUGUGGAUACAACAGAGAAUCAAGGUGAAAUUGAUGGAUUUGGCCUAGAAAAGGUUAUUAACGAGGGAUUCGCCAACUUUCAAAAUAUAAUUCAAACUAUUGUUACUGACGUGAGCAACACUUUAGAAAAUGAUUUAAAUAAUCUUCAUGCUACCUUACAACAGCCUUUUCAACAAGCUAUCAAUACUGUCAAUUCUAAUGAAACUGAACAAAUCAUUAAACAAGAACAAAUCAUUUCACAAGGUCCUGUGAUUCACAAUGGUGUCAUUUGUGAUUGUUGUGAAAAAAUUAUUCGUGGAAUGCGCUGGAAAUGUCUCACUUGUAGUAAUUAUGAUUUAUGUCAAGAUUGUAAAUCGAAACAACCUACAAUUCACAACCAUGCAAAUAGUCAUGAAUUCAAACCUAUUCCAUAUCCUCAAAAUUAUUGCUCUAGUAAUUCUAAAAGAAUCACAGCUAGUUUACAUUCAGCAGUUUGUGAUUUCUGUGAAUCACAAAUUUAUGGAACUAGACAUAAAUGUAUCAAUUGUCCAGAUUUCGACUUGUGUAAUGGUUGUAUUUCACUUGCACCAACUCAACAUCCUAAUCAUACAUUUAUGCCAAUUUAUCGUCCUGGUGAGCCUGAAAUUAAAAUAUUUGAUGCAGUGUCUCAUCCUGGAAUCAGAUGUGAUGGUUGUGAAAAAUUGAUAAUUGGAGUAAGAUUUAAGUGCGCAAAUUGUCCCAAUUUUGAUUUUUGCGGAAACUGUGAAGCAUCACCACUUAACACACAUGACAUUACACACAUCUUCUUGAAAGUCAAGUUCCCCGUUUCUAUCCCAAUUCCAUCAAGCUAUCCACUACUUUCAAAUUAUUAUGUUCGUAGAGAAUCAAAGAUUAAUGCUACAGUCAAUGGAUUGAUAGGAAAACAAGAAUAUCCUAAAGAAAAGAAAUCUCCAUCAAUCAACAAUGAUACUGAUGCUAGCGAAGAUUCCAGCCUUAACCAACCUGCUAUUGUACAACCAAGUAUUAAAGUUGAAAGUCAUGCACCCAUAGAUUUAUAUAAACAUUCAUUAUUACCAUCCAUUCCGUCCACGCCAUUAACCCAAACUCUCCAACAUGAAAUACUCAAUCCGUAUACCCUCGGUUCAAAUCAGAUCGAUAAUUCAAAUUCGAUUUUUUCGGGACAUGUAGAAGCCCCCUUAAAAAGGCAUGAAAAUUCGUUACUCAAAACUAAAUUAGAGUCUCGGUUUGUUGAAGACGUUAACUUUCCUGACGGUACUACACUUGUUCCACGUGCCCAAUUUAUUAAAAAAUGGAGAAUGGAGAAUGUUGGCAAUGUUGCCUGGCCAGAAUCAACAGUUUUGACUUUCGUCGGUGGUGCUGAAAUGUUUGGUGACAAUUAUUCCUCUAAAAAUAAUAAUGGAUUUUAUGUUGGUCUUGUUAAUGUUGGAGAAAUUAAAGAAGUUUUUGCAGAACUUCAAGCACCAUCUGAAUCUGGAGAAUACAUAUCAUAUUGGAGAUUGGUUGAUGGUGAGGGAAAUAAAUUCGGUCAUCGAUUAUGGUGUUCAAUUAACGUUGAAGAUGAUGAUUCAAACAUGACUGCUUCAUCAAUGAUUUUCCCCGUAAUGAAAAAUGAACAAGUACCUGAUGUUAAACAAGAAGAUAAUAUCGUUAAUUCAAUAGUUGGAAAAUUUUUUGAUAAGGAAAAAUUAGAAAAAUCUCUUGAAGCUAUUUCAUCUCAUCUUGAAAAUUCGCAAGAUUAUUAUUUUGUAGAAAAAGACGAACAUUUGUCAGAAGAAAAUGAUCAAAAAGAAGCUGCCAAAGAAAAGAUUGUUAAAGAAGUCGUUUUUGAAGCCGAUAACCUCGUGAGUGAUGAUGACGACAUUGAAAGUGACGAUGAUAAAGAAGAUUCAAAAGACGAAACAGAAAAUCAAUCCGAGGUGAGACCUUUAGUGGAACCUAUAAAUAAUUGUUUCAUUUCUAGUAAUGAAGAAACUACUGUAAUUACACCAACCAUUAUUAAUAUUAAUGAUGAUGUUAACUCAGAAAUCAGUCGACCAAUAAGCUUCUUCGCCGAAAAAGAAUUCUUGAAAGAAAUGGGAAUUUUAAAUGAUGAAAAUGUUGAAUUCGUAGAUGAUCUUUUGACCAAAAACAAUGGUGAUGUUAACACAGUUGCUAACAUUCUUUUUGGAUGA